AUGUCUUUCAUCCCCAUUGUAUGUGGUAUGAGGAGUUUCGACUCUUCAUACGACUCCGUGCCGGGACACCAGAACCUUUACUGUCCGAACUGUCACAAUUUUAGCGUGGGUCCCAUCAAGAGGAAGGAGUUUUUCACCGUCUGGUUCAUACCCUUGGUCCCUGUUUUCUGGGGCAAACAAUUGCACUGUCCCAUCUGUAAUUGGCGACAAGACUUCAAGAAUGAGGAACAGCUCAAUAAAGUCAUUCAAGAACAACAGAACUUGCCACAGAAACUGCCCAGCUAG